GGACUGCUGGUUUUGGGCUUGGCAAUGACAGAAGGUGACUUGGUUUCUGGCGGUUCAUCUAGCUGCAAUUUUCCUGCUAUCUACAACUUCGGGGAUUCUAACUCAGACACCGGAGGCCGCUCCGCCGCGUUUUUUCAAUUUCCGCCUCCCUACGGCAAAACUAACCUCGGUGAUCCUCCCAAGAGAUUAUCCGACGGGCAUGUCAUCCUCGAUUUCAUAACUGAGAAACUAGGACUACCGUACUUGAAUGCAUACUUGGACUCCAUAGGAACAAACUUUCGACACGGUGCAAACUUCGCUACCGGAGGCUCAGGCAUUCUACCCGGCCCCAUUAGUCCUUUUGAUCUUGGUAUUCAGAUCUCCCAAUUCAGACAGUUCAAAUCACGGACGACAGAACUCUACAAGAACUCGAAGGAUUCCGGGAUGACCGGAAGGUGCAGCGGAAUCUCACUUCCACAUCCUGAUGACUUCUCAAAGGCCCUCUACACGUUCGAUAUCGGACAUAAUGACCUUGCAGUUGGUUUUUAUAACAUGACGGUUGACCAAAUCGUCGCAGCGAUUCCUCGCAUCCUUGAGGGUUUUGAUGCAGCAGUACAAGAACUCUAUGACGAAGGAGCAAGAUCUUUCUGGAUACAUAACAUUGGUCCACUCGGGUGCUUGCCUUUCAUGGCUCUACCAUAUAAUGGUACCCUUGACCCGAAUGGCUGUGUCGCUUACAAAAACGACGUAGCUCAAGAAUUUAACCAACAGCUUAAAGAAAGGGUGAACCAGCUAAGGAAUAAUCUCUCUAUGGCUGCAGUCACAUACGUUGACGUAUAUUCAGCCAAGCUAUUGCUGAUCAGUGACGCUAAAAAUCAAGGUUUUGUUGAUCCACUAAAGUUUUGCUGUGGUAGAUUCGCACCGACAUUCGUGAAGUGUGGAAUGUUAUUAGAAGUGAAUGGAACCACCAUUCAUGGAGAUGCUUGUGGCGAUCCUCAGAAUCGAAUUAGCUGGGACGGCACACAUUUUACAGAUGCAGCCAAUUCAUGGAUUGCUUCACGCAUCCUCAAUGGUUCCAUGUCUGAUCCGCCUGUACCAAUUUCCAAUGCUUGUCCAUAACUCACCAUGUCAAGAUCGACGACGUUGGCACCAAAAAUCUUCUUUUCUUUUUUCCAAUAUCUGAUCAUUCAGUCUAACUAAUACAUUACUCCCGUCGGACUCAGAGCGCACGUCCUGUAGCAUCGACAAAGGAAAUAACACAAGC